GUUUCAGUGAGUGAAAUCAAUGAUUUUUGCCACUAUUUAUUGUGAAAGAGAAAAAAUAAGGCAAUAAUUACAUUAGAGAAAACGAGAUACGAAUAUCUCAUUGACAGAAACUAAGCUUAAAACGGCAUCGUACGCGUAGAAUACCCUCUUCCCUGCAAGAGCAAUUUAUACAGUUGUUUUGCCUGUCAUUGGUAUCAUGCUGCUGAUUUAAUAUUUUUGUAAUUUACACGCAGAGUUUCGUGAAAAUUGGAAUUACAUUGAUACUAUCACAAUGAAAGUAAUCGUAAAAAAGUUACAAGGGGGUGAAUGUUGCUUGGAAGUACUUCCAACCACACAUAUAUCUGAAAUUAAACGAAAGGUCGCAGAACAACUAAAAAUUCCAGUAGAGGAACAGAAAUUGCUGCUGCUAGGCAGGACAUUAGUGGAUGAACAGACAGUUGAUGCAUACCCUACAAUAAAGGAUGGCACUAAAUUAAACUUAGUUGUUAAAAAGCCUGAUACACUUCAGGAGGCUUCUGUGAAGUACUUCAAGAAAAUGUAUGGCAUGACAGAGUCGGAAGCUACAGCUGCUGCUAACCGCCUUAUAAAACUUGUGCAAGAAAAGUUCAGUAAAUUGUCUUGGGACGAUCUUGAUAGGCUAUCAUUAGACUGUAUGCUCGAGGAAAAUGGUCAGAGCCGAAGCCCUCCUAUGGAGAUAGAGCCUGAGUGUGAUGAUGUAUACAGUUUAUAAUUCUGGACACUAAUAAAUAUUUUGAACAUUUUAUUUGUAUUUUACAACUAAGGGUAAUGUUACACUGCUAGGUAUGUUCAGCUAAAUAUUUAAUUAUAAGAGUAACUGUAGCACUUUGUAGUAUUGCUAUUUGUAUAUUGUGUAAGUUAUAGUUUUAAAUGAAUUUGUUGCUAGUGUUGCCACAUUAGAAAUAUUCUUUGAAUAAGAAAAAUGUGAUCACCAAAAGUUUAAACAGCUUUAGUUUUCUUAAUCUUGUCACCUCUAAUCACCAUUUUCUGUAUACUGUUGCUUCAUAAUAUUUAGCUUUAGUUUUAAGUUCUACAUUUGACCAAACUGUGCUAUUCUAUGGAUUCAUUUGUAAAAAUCAUGCAAUCAGUGUAAUUUUUUCACUUUAAAAGUAAAAAUCAAUUAUUUUUGUACAUACAGCAUUAUAGUAAUUUCCCAUUCCUAUCAAGUUGUAGAUCAAUAUAUGAAAUUGACCAUAUAUUUAUUAUUUAGCAUUAUUUUUCUAUAAUGACAUGAAAUGUUAUUAUUGUGUAGGUAUUUUCACUUUAGUUUUGUGUAGAUAUUUUCCCUGGACAUUCUCAACUGGCUCAAACAUGUAAAAAUGUACAAAACAGUAUGAAUAAAACACAAGAUUAAUUA